AGUGUCAUCUGUACAAAAACCUGAUAUUGUUCAGGUACCCAAGGGAGAACCUACAGAAGUAGUUAAGCCUGUGCCCAUUGCCUCUGCUGUUGCACCCAAAGUCACUGCCACGGUGAGCGUGGCUUACAAUAAGACACCAAGGCCGUUUGGAGCCGUAACCUCUUCCAAAGUCACCUCCAUCCCAUCACCAUCCUCCGCCUUCACCCCGGCCCAGGCGGCUGCCGCCCCGGCCCCAUUCGCUGUGCCCGGACUGCAUGUUAACGCCAAGCCUAACGCUGAGCAGCGGUCACCGGUGCUGAGCGCUGCUAAACCUGCAGUUAAUGUCCCACGGCAGCCCGCCGCGCACAAUGCCGGCCCGAGCGCCUCUGCUGGCGACGGCACCCAGGAUGUAGCCGAGGGGCCACGACGAGGAUUCAGAGAAAACCAGGGGGAGAGUAAACAGCAAAAUGGCCCCCCACGGAAGCACAUUGUGGAUACCUACACAGAGUUCUACCACACACCCACCCACAGCGAUGCCAGCAAGAAGCGACUGAUUGAAGACACUGAAGACUGGCAUCCCCGGACAGGCACCACCCAGUCCCGCUCUUUCCGCAUUCUUGCCCAAAUCACCGGCACUGAUCAUAUGAAGGAACCAGAACAUGAAGCUCCAAAGAAGACUAAGGAAAAGGUUCCCAUCCACGUCUUUAGUCCCAAAUAUACAAAAUUACGUGACUGGCACCAUGAAGUCUCAGCACGUGUUCUUAAUGUCCAGUGA